AAGGGUAGUAUAAUUUGUUUAAUUACAGGUACAAUGUAUUACAACUGAAAACAUUUAUUAUAUUGGUGCAUACGUAUCAUAUUUUUAAUUAUUUAUGUGGUGUAUUUAAGAUCAUAUUUAUAAAAUAUAUAAAUACUUAUAUUGUAAACAAAGUAGAAAAAAAGGCAUACAAUUUUUCAACUAUACAAUUUUGUAUUCUUCCACAUUAAUUUAAAAAUAAUGUAAAAUCUAUAAAAGAAUUUCGUCACAGCUAUGAAUCACAUGAAGUCACUUUUUAAAGAUUUUAAAGAUCUCAUUUCUUGUACUCAUAGUUGACUUUAUUGCCUUUUGUAAUUGUCCAGAUAUCGGUUCUGUAUGCCAGGAGUUUUGCAAUUCAUCUACUACCAUAUAUAUUUUCUAAUAUCUAUUAAGUAAGUUAAGAUAAGUUGGAGACCGUGGGAAUAUAAACGAAGCAGAGGAAGGCCCCAAAUGAGAUGGGCAGAUGAUAUCAAGAAGCACGUGGGCUCUAGAUGGAUGACUGUAGCGACAGACAGAGAAGAAUGGAAAAGGAUUGGGGAGGCCUAUGUCCAAAGAUGGACCGAAGAAGGCUAAUUAGAUAGAUAGAUUAAGUAAGUGUAGUACGGUAACAGACGGCAAGACCUACGCUUCCAGUGGGAAGACUUUAACUUUAAUCUUCUUCUUCUUAUAGUGCCGUACACCUAUAUUGCGUUGGCGAAUUAUCUUAAAGCCAGAAGUCUGUCUUUUACGGCAUGCAAAAGAUCGCCAGUGUUAUUUAUGCCUGUCCAGUUCUUUAUGUUUCGUAGCCAUUUGUUUGCGACCUACUCCUCUCUUGCCUUCAAUCUUUCCCUGGAUGAUUAGUUGAGGGACUACGUAUUUUUUUCCUCUCAGAAUAUGGCCAUGGUAUCUAAUUUUUCGUACCUUGAUCAAAUUGAAUAGUUCUCUCUCAGUAUUCGCCUUUCUUAAGACUUCCUCGUUUCUCACCCUAUCUGUCCAUGGUAUGCGGAACAAUGCAAGGUACUCUUAACGUCCAAGUUUCCAUGCCGUAUAACAAUAUGGACCAUACACAGCAUUUAACCAUCCCGUAGCAAAGAUUAAAGGAAAUAUUGCGGUUACAUAGUAGCGGUUUAAAUUUGUUAAAGCUUGUCUUGCUUGUUCGGUACGGCAUUUUAUUUCUUGUUGAGGAUCCCAUUGGUCAUUCAUCAUCAUUCCCAAGUAUUUAAACGUUUUUACUUGAUCGAUUGGAGCAUUAUCUGCUUGUAGUUGUAUACUUUAAUCAGUUAAGCGAAUUUGUACGAAUUAGGAUUAUAAAACUGAAGAUAGUUGCUAUAAAUGCAUCCAUGAUACUUCGUGUUUGGAAUGACUGGGUGAUAGAGCAAAAUCAAAAAAUGUUAGGUAACCCAAAACUUCAUUAUAAAACAAUAUACUUUUAUUAGAUAGCGAUAACCAAACUAACAACAAGAGAUAAUGAGAUAUUACAUAACAAUGCUUUAGGUAUGAUAUGGGCAUAAAAUUUCUUGCUAGAGAUUGUUUUGUAUUUAGUUACCUAUAAUUGGAUCAUGUUUAAUAUGCAGUAAACUUUUGAUUUAUGCGGUUAAUAUGUCUUAAUCAGAAAGUGCGGACCAUUUUACUCCUUUUCUUGAUUUUAUGACAGUUCUAUCCUUAAAAAUCUCGUAACGUGCAACCUUCAAUAUAUUUAUAAAACAUUGAUGUGACGACUAACUAUUACCAGAUUUUUUGGUUCUACUACAUUACUUAAUUACUAGAUAUGAUAAGCUGUUCACCAAACAAUCUUAAUAAAAACAAAAUGCACUAGUGGCAAUAUGCGUAUCAAACAAGGAAAUUAGAUGAAGCCACCUUGCACAAUCUGGUAUCGAAACUCGAGAGGAGUUUACAACAGAAAUAAGUCUGCUGCAUUUUUGAGCAUCGAAGGUGCAUUUGAUAAUAUCUCUAUCGAGUCAAUGCAACAGUCAAUACACUAAUAAAGAAAAAAAUCAACGACUCAACAAGCAUGUGAAUCAUUCAGAUGGUUCAGAAUAGAAUAAUAUUCACAGAUACAUAUAAAGAUGCUAUAAAGCUAAUAGCAACUAAAGGAUGCCCACAAGAGGAUGUAUUAUUACUAAUAUUGCGGAAUAUAGUCGUUGACGAUCUGAUUCAUGCGCUCAGCAACCAAUAAGUAAUUAUGGAUCCUGAUAAAUGAUAUUGUAAUAGUUACUAGGUAAAAAUUUUCCAGUAGUGUUGCGGACCUGAUACGAUUUUCCCUUUAUAACAUAGAAAAUUUGUAUCUGAAAGAGGUCCUCUGCAUUGCAAUUCUGCAAACACCAAAUACAGUAGAGUGUCGAUUACCCGAACUAAUUGGGGAACAUAUGUGUUCGGAAAAUCGAUUGUUCAUAAAUAUUUAUGUACAGAUUAAUGGAAGCCAUAUUUACAUACGUAUUUAUAUAUUUAAUGAUAAAUAGGAAUUGAACAAAAAAAGUGCUGUUCGUCAUCAAAACAAAGUCUAGGUACAACAUUGAUGAAAAUUGAAGAUUUUUUAAACCUUAAUUACCAACACUAGGUCGUUAUGAGUGUCUAGGUCAAGUGUUUUUUUAAGGACAAAUACUUGAUACUAGUCGCUCUCAGCUUGUAUUUCAAAUCAACAUAAGGCAAUAUCUAUAAAAUUGAACUCUCCUCAAGCACCAAUUGUAUUUUAUCUUUAUUAUCUAAACUUACAUUUAAUGACUAAUAAAUCAGCAGACAGUUUUCUUCUUGCCUUCUCGACUUUAGUCAUUUUAACCACACUGUUCUUGAUUGAACUUUUUUUCAAAUCCUCUGAGUUAUUCGUUGAAUUGAACUGCUUUUUCUCAUGAAAUCGGUCCAGAAAUAGGUUCUUCCCGGAAUCCCUUCUUUGAGUAAUUUUUACUUAUACACUUAUACACAGUAUGAUCUAAAUCCACGUUUGAGGCAAGGUUUAUUGUUUUACGACUUAUGGAUAUAUGAAAACAAUCAAGUUGGGACAUAAAGUUACUUAAUUUCAUCUUUUGUUUUUACAUCCGUCUUACCAGGUUACCAAUUUUGUAUUCAUUGGAUAAUUUGGUGACAGAUUUACCUUUCUCUAACCGUCUGAAUGCCAAGAAGACGAAAUUUAUGAGAAUAUCGAAAACUCAAAGAAAUAACGAGAAUCUUCUAAUAAACGGAACCAACGUCAAACCAGUGGACAAAUAUGCAUAUCGGGGAAUAAUGAUUACAAUCCACAAAUUAUUACAAUCAGGAAAUCAAAAUAAGAAUAGAAAAGGCUAGAACAAAUUUCAACAAAAUGAGAAGAGUGCUAUGUACCAGGGAUUUAAAACUCUAACUAAGAGGUUGGCGAGGUGCUAUAUUGUUUCGAUUGUAUUUUAUGGAAUGGAAUCUUGGGCCUUAAAUGCGACAUCAAUAAAAAAAACUGGAAUCAUUUGAGCUGUGGGUGUACAGAAGAAUACUGAAAAUAUCAUGGACAGAACACGUCACAAAAAAAGAGGUUCUGGGAAGGAUGAAUAAAGAAAUGGAAAUUUUAAAUACAAUAAAAACAAGAAAAUUAGAAUAUCUCGGACAUAUUACACGUGGAGAGAAAUACACCUUGCUCCAACUGGUUAUGCAGGGAAAGAUCCAAGGAAAUAGAAUCAUAGGGAGGCGUAGAAUGUCAUGGCUGCGUAACCUGAGAAAGUGGUACGGAUGUACAUCAAAUGAAGUUUUCAGAGCAGCCGUCUCAAAAGUCCGAAUAGCUACGAUGAUUGCCGACCUCCGCCGCGGAGAUGGCACCACGAUACACAGACUAAACGGUAUGCCGAUUUUCGUCGAUAAAUGUGGUUCGGCCGCGCAGCUACGUCAAGUGGGAACCUGAUGUGGGAACCUAAAAUUUAUUUGCUCCUUGUCGUGCUUGUCUGCAGUUUCAAUUUGUUGGCGUUGAAAGUGAUUAAAUUGAGGCGGUUUUAAAAUAUUAAGCUGUUAAGUAACUAUUAAAGUCAUUCUGGAUUAUUUUAGUUACACAUUAUUGUUUAUUAGUACUUAUCCAAUACCGUGAAUUUUUAACUUAAGUUAGUAGUCUAUUAAAACCGAGACUAUAAUGCCGGGCUGUGCUGUAGCUACUUGUAAAAAUUCAAACAAAAAUACAAAAGGUACGGAUGUGAAAUACUACAGAUUUCCUGCAAAUGAAGAUUUAUUAAAAGAGUGGAUAAAUGCUUGUCGGAGAGAAGACAAAAUUAAUUUAAAAAAUGGUUAGUACAGUUAAAACUCUGGGGAAAAACUCUGCUGCUAUUUUCACAGAAAAUCGCAAUACGAUUGAGACUGCUGAAUCGUGUUUACUAAAUGUAUUGGAAGAAACUAAACAAACCGAAGAGAUUUGUUUUACACAUCAAAUGCUCUCAAAAAUUCUACCACGAAACCAAACAGUGGAGGAAAAAAAUGAGGAAGAAGAAGUUAUUUCUAACUCAACUUAUUUUGUAGACCCUGUAUAUUUACAAGAGGAAGCAAUAGCUUCAGAUGAAUUAAUAAAUCUUUUGGACAAUUUUGAAGUUAAGGAGAGAGUAAAUAUGGAGGCACUAAGAUAUAUAGCUGGAUAUGUGGCUUUUAAAUUUAAAAGUAAAUUUUCAAAUUUAGGUAUAGCCACAAGUAAUUUAAAUAUUUCCGAAGUCCCUAGGUGGCUAGAGAUCCUAUCAAGAGGUUCACUGUUAAACCCCAAUGAAGAAUUGUGGGAAGUUGCCAAAAAUAUGGAAAAUCAGUUCCACCAAAUGCAUGGUAAUUUUUUAAAUAAAGAAAAGAAGAUUUUUCAACGUUUAGCUGAAAAAACAUUAGCGUCACUACCCAACACCUCAAUACCAUUUGAAGUGAUAUUAUGUAUGUGCAAACACGAACAUAUAUUAGAAUGAGGGACAUUAAUAUAGAAAAAUAAGCUUUAAAAACUGCCAGAGAGCACUUGACAAAAAGAUAUCUAAAUUUUCUAAUUUUAAAAAAUGAUCUAAUUAUAGAUACUAAUUCUAAUUCUAGAAGGGCAUAUGAAAAACUCAGAAAAUAUGCAAAGAAAAUAUGAAGAAGGAAAAAGAGAGAAACGUUAAAUAG